AUGGGGUUGUCGGAGCUCGAAGUUCGUCGAUUUUGGGAUAUGACUCCGAUGGGUGCUGAGACUGUGGAUUCUAUUGGCAGAUCUGGGGGUUUGAUUUCCUUGUGGAAUCCGGACGUGUUCAAGGUGGACCAGGUUAUCAAAAAUCCCAAAUUCCUGGUCGUUUCUGGUCUUAUGGGGGAUGGGGUGGGUAGGGUCAAUGUGGUUAAUCUUCAUGCCCCUAACGAUCCUAAUCUCAGAAGAUCUCUUUGGACCGAUCUGGUCUCUCUUCUUGAUCAAGAUAAUGGCGCGUGGAUUCUGUUAGGUGACUUCAAUGAACUCCGAUCUGAAGAAGAACGUGUAAGCUCCUGUUUUGAUCGCGGGUCUUCAGAAGCCUUCAAUGGAUUUAUCUCGGCUGCUGGUCUCAUGGAAUAUUCUUCUUGCAGGGGUAAGUUUACUUUUAUAUCUGGCCAUUAUGAUGUUAAGAUGAGUAUUCUUGACAGAUCUUUAGUGAACGAUACAUUCUUAUCUUCUUGGCCGAAUGCUUUUGUUGAAGUCCAUAAAAAAUGUUUGUCGGAUCACUGCCCAAUCUCCCUGACCUGUUCGUCAUUGGAUUUUGGGCCCAUUCCUUUUAAAUUUUUUAACUCGUGGAUUGGAGAUAAAAAGCUUUCGGAUUUGGUGGAUUCUGCCACUCAGUUGUCUGUCAAAGCUGGGGGCUGGGGGGCCGAGUCGAACAUUUCCAUUCUCAUGACUCUUAAAAGUCUCAAAGCCAAUAUUAAGAGUUAG